ACAACACUCACCUUCUCCCCAGCUGGACAAAAAAACAUCUCCCAAACUCCCAACUUCAGAGUAAAAGCCUGCAAUCAAGCGGACAAUAGAUGUGGUUUGAUGUGUGGUUUCUCCCAUUCUUAAUACCGCGAUAAUCCGAGGAGGCUGCGAGGGCUUCCACUUGUUAUGAGGCGACGAUGAGCAGCGCACAAGUCAGCGGCAGCAAGUGCGCGUCGGGGCCCGUCAGCAGCUUCACCAUCCAGUCCAUCCUGGGCACGCCCGUCCAGGCGACGCGCACCGGGAGCAAGGAGAUCUCCAAGGGGCAUGCGGUGCAGGCGGCGGCGGCGGCGGCGGCGACGACGACGACCGGUGCCCCGCCGCGGAGGAGGACGCUGUCGGUGUCCUCGGAGGAAGACUGCAGCGGCGGGGAGGACUCAGCGGACUGCUUCUCCUGCUCGGAACCACCGGGACACCGGGAACACAACUUCUCAUGUUUAGGUGCGGCCAAGGGGCUCCUGUCCGCCGCCGAGGGUCUGGCCAGGAGGCAGGACUACAAGGAGGCGCAUGAGGAUCGAGGCUGCGCGUCCCCCGUGGAGCGGCGGGCGGACGACAAGCAUCUGCAGGGCGGCUCGGCCAAGAAGAAGACGCGCACCGUCUUCUCCCGCAGCCAGGUGUACCAGCUGGAGUCCACCUUCGACAUGAAGCGCUACCUGAGCAGCUCGGAGCGCGCCUGCCUGGCCUCCAGCCUGCAGCUGACCGAGACGCAGGUCAAGACCUGGUUUCAGAACCGCAGGAACAAGUGGAAGCGGCAGCUGUCCGCCGAGCUGGAGGCGGCCAACAUGGCGCACGCCUCGGCGCAGACACUCGUGGGCAUGCCGCUGGUUUUCAGGGACAGCUCCUUGCUGCGCGUCCCGGUCCCUCGCUCCAUCGCCUUCCCGACGCCCCUCUACUACCCGGGGAGCAACCUGCCGGCCCUGCCUUUGUACAACCUGUACAACAAGGUGGAGUACUGACGUGACGGACUCUUCUUAAAUAUGACGCUUCCCGAUAUGUAUUAAAUACACCAUGUGUAUUAUCAAUAAUUUUAUACUUAUUAUUAUUAUUAUUAUUUUUAGCUUUCACAUCACCUUCCUAUUUUUUUAACAAUUAAAAACCCCUCAUUCUUCCAUCUAAGGGAAACCAUUUCAUUGUUUGUACUGUAAUCUGCAGGAAUAAUAAGAACCUCAUUCAAUACAUUUUCUAUUUCAGUCCGCUUUGUGCAUUUUUAGUGACCAAAAAAGAAGCUAAUUUGACACAUAAAAAGAUAUAGCUUUAAUAACAUUUACAUAGCGUUAUGUUGCACCGUGGGAUUUUAUUUUUCUUGUCAAUAUUUGAUCUGGGGACAUUUAUUAGUGUACUGUACCUGGCAGGUUUAUUAUUAAAAAGAACAUGCAGCAAUAACGUUGUAAUGAGACACAAACAUUAUUGUCAUUGAUCAGAGUUGCUUCCCAUUUGUUUGAAUGAUUAUUUAACCCUUUCAGGGGUGUCAAAGUCAAGGCCCGCGGGCCAGAUCCGGCCCACCAAUGAAUGAUCUAUGGCCCCCCGGGAUGAUAUUUGAUUAGUAUUAGAACACCGGCCUGCACGCA